ACACACAGACAGACAGAGAGACACAGAGACACAGACAGACACAGACAGACAGAGAGACACAGACAGACAGAGAGACAGACGGACUGAUGGAGAUCGUCCAUGUGUACACGAAGCUCCGCAGUGAGUUCGGCCGUGAGUGUCUCUUCUCGGACCGGCCCGCUGAGCUGCUGGUGGACGUUCCUCCGGACCCAAGUCUGGCUCUACAGUUCAUCCAGAGAACCCACCGGGACCAGGCGGUGCAGGCCUGCGGGGACAUGUCCGAGCACCAGGUGAACACGGAGCGCUUUGAGUCUGACAGCUGUGGGAUAAACCACGUAGAGGGGGGGUGGCCCAAAGACAUCAACCCUCAGGAGAUGGAACAAACAAUCCGUUUCAGGAAGAAGGUGGAGAAAGACGAGAGCUACAUCAACAGCAUCCUGCAGCUGGGAAGUGCGAUGGAGCACUGCAUCAGACAGAACAAUGCUGUGGACAUCUACCAGGAGUACUUCGAGGACGAGGCGGAAGUGGAGGAGAGUCAGGAGCCGCCGUCCGCCAAGACCAUCAGCAUCUUCAGAGAUCCUAACGAGCUGAAGCGAACCGUCACCGGUCUGUCGUGGCAUCCUGAUGGCGGCAGGAAGUUGGCGGCAGCCUACUCCUGCCUGGAGUUCCAGAAGACCUCAAGAGAGACGAGCCUGGACUCGUACAUCUGGGAUGUCGAGAACCCGAACAGACCUGAGAUGACCCUGAAGCCGGCGUCCCCUCUCGUCUGUCUCGACUACAACCCCAAAGACUCCCACACUCUGGUGGGAGGCUGCUACAAUGGACAGAUUGCGUACUGGGACACCCGGAGAGGCAGCCAGCCAGUGGAGGUGUCCUCUGUGGAACACAGCCACAGAGACCCCGUCUACAAGAUCAUCUGGCUGCAGUCCAAGACCGGGACAGACGCCUUCUCUGCCUCCACAGAUGGACAGGUCCUGUGGUGGGACGUCCGCAGGCUGACUGAGCCAACAGAGUGUCUGGUUCUGGACCCAAGCAGAGAGGGACACCUGGACCGAGCUUUAGGCGGCGUAUCUCUGGAGUUCGAGUCCACCAUGCCCACUAAGUUCAUGGUGGGGACGGAACAGGGCGUGGUGUUGUCCUGCAACAGGAAGGCAAAGACACCGGCGGAGAAGAUCGUGUGUACGUAUGACGGUCACCACGGACCCGUCUACGCCCUGCAGAGGAACCCCUUCUUCCCCAAGAACUUCCUCACCGUGGGGGACUGGACUGCUCGCAUCUGGUCUGAGGACAUCAAGGAGUCGUCCAUCAUGUGGACCAGGUAUCAGAUGUCCUACCUGACAGAUGCCUGCUGGAGUCCAGUCAGACCCGCCGUCUUCUUCACUGUGAAGAUGGACGGCGUGCUUGACAUCUGGGACAUCUUGUUCAAACAGAACGACCCCACGCUGAGUCUCAAGGUGUGUGACGAGGCCCUGUACAGCCUGCGGCUUCAGGAUAAUGGCCGUCUAGUGGCUUGCGGCUCUCAGCAGGGUGGAGCCACGCUGCUGGAGAUCUGCUCCGGACUGUCAACGCUCCAAAAGAAUGAGAAGAGUCUCCUCGCUGCUAUGUUUGAACGAGAGACGAAGCGAGAGAAGAUCCUGGAGGCCCGACAGAGGGAACUCCGUCUGAAGGAGAGGAGUCGCUCUGAGCAGAGCAGAGAGGAGGACACUGGACGUGACGACGGAGACGACCCUCCUGAUCAGCUGAUCAGCAGAGCAGAGACAGACUUCUACAGCGUGGUGGAGACGGAGACCAGGAGGAGGAGGGACAGGGAGGAGCAGAGCAACAGGGAGAAAGACGUCUGUGAGGAGAAAGAAGUGAAAGAUGAAGAGACGUCAGAAACUGAACCAUCACAGUGAAUUCAGUCUACAUAUUUGUUCUUUAUUGUUGGACAGUUUUAAUGACACAAACAGAACCUGAAACUUUAUUUAAAUAUUAAAGUAAAGAGAACGAUGUCAUUAGGUGUUGGACACCUGAACAUGUUGACCUGAUGAUGAUGAGACGUCAGAGGAUCAGUUCAUCCUGACAGCACCAUGAACGUCUCACAGCUGCUCACAUGAUUAAUGAUCCAUUGAAUCCUGACUCUGAUUUAAUGAAGCUACAUGUUGAAGAUCUAACUGACAUGGUUCAGAAGGUUACUUUAAAUUACAGGUCUCAUUAAUAAAUAUUAUUCAUCAUAUCUUAAGUUUGACAAUAAUAUUUAUCAUUAUUACACUAUAGUGUAAUAGAAAUGCAAUAAAUAUCCAUCCGUCUCGGACA